AAGUUCUACUACAGAAACUUUUAACUUUCAGCUGGCUCUUUCUUUUUAAGUCUUUUUUGUGUUUUCAUUACCUUCGUCCAUUACUUUGGCUCGGCAGUUCUGCCCAAAAAAGCCCACAAGUAAGUCCUUGGCUCUUCGGAAAGUAAGUUAUAGUCUCUUAUAUCAGCAAAAACAAUUUUCACAUUUCAGAGCCGUUGGGCUUUCACACGUGGGCUAACCUGGCUCUGAUACCAUGAAGGAAGUUGAGGUUCCACCCCAAAACCAAUUGGCAAUGGGGGAGUAGCCAACUCCUUAUAAAUCCAGUCCAUGGCCGAUAAAUCUACCAACAAUAUUGAGUUGAAGGUAUUGGUGGACAAGGGGAGUAACAAAGUUAUCUUCAUAGAGCCUGACAAUGAUUUUGUUGAUGUUCUCUUCAGUUUCAUGACAAUCCCCAUGGGAACAAUUAUCAGGCUUGCAAGUAAACAUUCAGAUCCCAUGGUAAUAGGUUGCAUGAACAACUUAUAUGAAAGUGUUGAGAAUAUUGAUGAACAAGAAUUUAGGUUUCCUAAGUUUAAGGACAUGUUGUUGCGUCCCGCCAAUGCAGCUGAUUUUCUUUGCAAUUGCCUCAAAUUGAAACUUGACAAUGCUGAGCCAAGAAGUUACUUUAUGUGCUCCAAAUUAUGUAAGUUCUUAAGUUAUAACUAUGGUACCUACUGUCCUUGCUCGUAUUCAUCAACCACAUAUGGCCUUUCUUCAUCAACCAUGGUUGAGAAGAAGAGGCUUUCAGUUGCAAGUGUCUUUGUAAAAAGACGAACCGGGUUUAUAGUUGCUGAUGAUUUACAAGUGAUCCCCCCAAGUGCAUCAACCGAUUCUGUAUUAUUUACUAAGCUUGGUGUCGUGGAUGUGCAUGCUACUGAGGAGUUGGCUAUCAAUAUUGGAACUGCUGAGAUUUGUAAUUUGCUUUUAAGUUGCUUAGUGUCAAAAACACCUUUGACUGAAACCCUCUUGAAUCCUGAACAAGAACCAAAAUUGAGGAGUACAAUUCUUAACCAAGGAAUACUCAAUGAAUAUCAAAUGUCUGGAGAUUCAAUGGAUGAUGAAGAAGGUAAGAUUUCUCUGAAUCUUGUGGUCAGCAAAUCUAAGAAGAUGGUCUGUUACGCAGAAGUGGGGGAGGAUUUUGUUAAUUUACUCUACAGUUUCCUGACUCUACCUCUUGGGUUUAUAGUAAAAAACAUGAAGGAUUGUUCCUUGAAAGGUUGCAUUAAUCACUUGUACAAAACUAUCCUGGAUUUGGAUGGGCAGUACAUGAUUUCAAAUCAUCACAAGGAAAUGCUAGUCAAUCCCAAACUUGUUCCUGCUUUUUGUUAUCAGAACAGUCUAAUAGGAAUUGAGGAGACCUCAUAUUACUAUGAAGGCUGUAAGUUGAUUACUGAUAGCUCAUCGGAAUUCAAUAAGCUCAAAGUGCUUGGUUCUGAGGAUGUAAAUGCUCAAGGAUUUCUGAAAGGACCUGCGUCUUUUGUUGUAACUGACACUCUGAUUGUAAGACCAAUGUCUCGGAUCUUUGAGCUGCAUGUUCUUAAAGACUUGAAUGUGCCUGUCACUGACAUUGAGAAUCAGAUUGUGCAUGUGGGCAAGAAGGAGGCUUUGCAUCUUCUGUUGGCUUCUUUUCUUUGUGACUCUGCUCUUACCAAUACCUUCUUUGGGGAUAUUAAGAAACCAAAGCAAGAACAAAGAUGGAUUGGUUAUACAUACUAAGAGAAGACGCCUUUGUUGUUACUACUUAAGAAUUCUUGUAAGCUAUAGAAGGUUUGCCAUUUGAUCAUUUUGGGCUGUAGCGAACUUGUACUGUUUGUUAGAUCUAUGUCUUCGCUUAUGUUUGGUUGAA